AUGGCAGAGGUGGUGUCUGAGGGGCCGGCGACGGGCGGUGGAGCGUGGGCGGCCGAGGCCUCCCCGGUGCUCACCAGCACCAGAGGAGGGCCGGGAGGGCGCCGGAGUUCGCCGGAGCCACGACCGCGGCCAGCUCACCAGCAGCAGCAGGAGGUGGGCGAGGCGGCGGGUGGAGGGGGCCGCCGGGGCUUGGGUGGAGAGGGGCGGACGACGGCAACGAUGGAGGGCGGCGGCGGGUAUAGGCGGCGGAUGGGGCGGCGGGUGGAGGGGGCGGCCGGGGCGGCGGGUGGAGGGGGACUGGGGUGGAAGGGGGCGGACGGCGGCAGCGGGUGGAGGGGGUGGACGGCGGCGCGGCGG